AUGACUAAGUAUAAAGUAAAGGUAAGAUAAUUCGUAUCAAAAGAGUUGAGAAAUCACAUAUUAAUUUAUAUUAAUACUAUGCUUAGAAAAUAAAUUAUUGUCAGCAAUUCUUUCAUUAUAUCAAUUAGUAUUAUAUUUUUUAUAUUAUUAUAUACUUAUAAUUUAUAUCACGUUUUCAAAUAUUUGUGUAAUUAAUAAAAUAUAUAGUUUAAUUUGUACUUGAGUACACAAUCUCACACAUUGUUCUGAAACUUGUCAUGUGACGAAUAGGUGGUUUUCUUUUUUUUUUUAAUUUGAAGUAAUACUAUAGCCACGUAAAUUUACAGGUUGGGAUAAUUGGUGGUUCAGGCCUAGAUGAUCCUCAAAAUCAAAUAUUACAUUGUCAAACUAUAAUUACGCGAGAAAAAGCUAAAAACGAAUUUGGAUUACCGUCGAGCGAUCUUUAUCACGGAAGUCUUAAUGGUAUAGACGUGGUGUUAUUAUCAAGACAUGGACCGGGUCAUAAAACAAGUCCUACUGUAGUAAAUUAUCGUGCGAACAUUGAAGCUCUACGUUUAGCUGGAUGUACUCAUAUACUUGCAUCAACAGCAUGUGGCUCUUUGCAAGAAUCUAUUUGUAGGGGACAGUUAGUUAUUCCAGACAGUUUCUUAGAUAGAACUAUAAAAAGAAAUACAACAUUUUAUGAUGGCACUUCACCUAAAUAUUUUGGGGUGUGUCAUAUGCCGAUGGAGCCAGCUUUUGACCCAACUACAUCUCAAAUAUUGUUUGAAGUUGGUAAGGAAAUAGGAUAUGACAUAAGAAAAGGAGGAACAGUUGUAACUAUAGAAGGACCAAGGUUCUCUUCAAAAGCUGAAAGUAAUGCGAUGCGUUUAUGGGGUGGACAUUUAGUUAAUAUGACUACAUGUCCUGAGGUAUAUUUAGCAAAAGAAGCAAGACUUCUAUACGCAGUUGUAGCAAUGGCAACUGAUUAUGAUUGUUGGAGAGAUUGCGAAGAUAAUGUUCAUGCAGCUGAUGUAAUAGAAGUAUUUAAACAAAAUGUCAACAAAAUAAGAGAUAUACUUACAAAGGCAGUUAAACUUAUUGGCGAAAGAAAUUGGGACAAGGAAAUUGAUGCUUUAGAAGUAAUAAUCAUAAAGUACUUAAGAAAAAUAUAAAUUAAUAAUAUAAGUACAAUAUUUUUUUUUCUUUUCAGGAAUUAUGUCAGAGUAGUAACGUUUCUUCUCAUACUUCAUAA